GCUACUGUGACGACCGUCUCCCUAGUUGCCGCCCUCAAUGGCGAACUGCCGCUAUCUGUUGAUUCCGCUCUUCAUCCUGCAUUCGGCUCACACUGCGCGCUCCUCCGACCCUCUUCUUUCGCCCAAAGGCGUUAACUACGAAGUGGCGGCUCUGAUGUCGGUGAAGAGUAGGAUGAGAGAUGAGGCCGGGGUGAUGGGUGGCUGGGACAUCUACUCCGUCGACCCUUGCACGUGGUUCAUGGUCGGCUGUUCCUCCGAUGGAUUCGUCAUCUCCUUGUCUGGGGAAAUGGCGAGUAAUAGCUUGUCUGGGACGCUGUCGCCGAGCAUUGGCAACCUAAGUCACCUGCAAACUUUGCUAUUGCAAAAUAACAAAAUAUCAGGUAUUAUUCCUCCAGAAAUAGGAAAGUUGUCACAGCUGAACACCCUUGACAUCUCUGGUAACCAGUUCACUGGACAAAUUCCAAGUGCUCUUGGGCUUCUGUCUCAGUUAGUUUACAUGCGACUUAACCGGAAUGGUUUGUCUGGUCAGAUUCCUGAAGCAGUUGCUAAUCUUUCGGGUCUCUUAUUCUUAGAUGUAUCAUUCAAUAACUUAACGGGUCCAACCCCAAAGAUACUUGCAAAUGAUUACAGUCUUGCAGGUAAUAAGUUACUCUGUAACACUUCUCAUUUGCAUGGUUGUGCACUUGUAACGCUAACAAGUAAUGAAACUAGAGCUUUGGAACAUUCUAACAACCAUCAGUUGGCAGUUGCAAUCCCUUUAAGUAUUGGUUGUACCUUAAUAUUAUCUUUGCUACUGCUUGUUUUCUGGUUACGUUGCUGCAAAUGGAGCAUGAAUUUUGCUGGAGAUGAUCAAAACUAUGAAUUUGAAAUGGGACAUUUGAAGAGAUUCCCAUUCCGUGAACUACAAAUCGCAACAGAAAACUUCAGUGCCAAACUUGUAUUAGGUCAAGGUGGGUUUGGAGUUGUUUAUAAAGGCCAUCUCAGAAAUGGAACUGUGGUAGCAGUGAAGCGAUUAAAGGAUCCAAAUUUUACUGGAGAAGUACAGUUCCAAACAGAAGUUGAAAUGAUUGGCCUAGCUCUGCACAGGAAUUUACUCCGACUAUAUGGAUUUUGCAUGACCACAAAUGAGAGAUUGCUUGUGUAUCCUUUUAUGCCAAAUGGGAGUGUGGCUGAUCGUUUAAGAGAUCAUUCUCAUAGUAAACCAUCCUUGGACUGGAACAAGAGAAUGCGAAUUGCAAUCGGUGCUGCUAGAGGGCUCUUAUAUCUGCACGAACAAUGUAACCCGAAAAUAAUUCACAGGGAUGUUAAAGCUGCAAACAUUCUACUUGAUGAAUGUUUUGAAGCGGUGGUAGGAGAUUUUGGAUUAGCAAAACUUCUAGAUAGGAGAGAAUCUCACGUCACAACUGCAGUUCGUGGCACUGUAGGACACAUUGCUCCAGAGUAUCUCUCUACUGGGCAGUCAUCCGAGAAGACUGAUGUUUAUGGAUUUGGCAUCCUACUAUUGGAAUUGAUCAUAGGCCAAAAGACCAUGAGUUCUGGAAACGGUAAUGCCCAGAAAGGAAUGAUUCUCGACUGGAUCAAGACUUUACAUGAAGAGAAGAGAGACCCUGAAUUGGUUGACAAGGAUCUCAACGAUGCUUUUAAUUCUGCUCAGCUUGAAACUGCCGUGGAGGUUAUUCUGCUCUGCACUUCUUCGAAUCCUGCCCUUCGGCCAAAGAUGUCUGAAGUUGUUAAAACACUUGAAUCUAUUUCUGGGCCAGCAGAACAAAGUGAAGAAACUCAUGGGGAGGUAACUUGCUGUAGGUCUUGCAACUCCUCCAGAAGCUCUGAUGGUGCUAAUGAAGCCUCUUCUUUCAUUAUCGAAGCUAUUGAGCUCUCAGGGCCCAGAUGAUUACAACACUUCCAAUCAGAUUUUUAGAACCAAGUGUUUUCUUCUCAUACUUGUAGAUGUAGACGAGUUUGAUCAUCGUGGCUACUGGAAUGACUAAUGAAUGGAAAAAAAAAUGUACAUGAAGAUCUUAGUGUAUUUAGGAUAUAAUUUAAGCCCUCUGAAAGCUGAAUUCAUAUCGAAUUUUGA